AUGGCGAUACUGAAGGAGAUGACAGUGAAUGUGCCUUUCGUGGAGGCAUUAGAGAAGAUGCCUGGGUAUGCUAAGUUUAUGAAAGACCUGGUGACGAAGAAGAGAAUAGUGAGCUACGAACCGUCUUUGUGUGAUCUGGGAGCGAGUAUCAACCUGAUAUCGCUAGCUGUUUAUAAGAAGUUGGGUUUGGGGGAUCCUACACCCACAAACAUGCGACUAGUGAUGACGGACAGGUUAGUGAAACGGCCAGUGGGGAUACUGUAUGAUGUGCUAGUAAAGGUGGCCAGUUUUAUAUUUCUUGCAUAUUUCAUUAUCUUGGAUUGUGAGGUGGAGUUUGAGGUACCCAUAAUCUUGGGUAGACCUUUUCUCAAAACCAAAAGUGUCCUUAUUGAUUUGAGGGCUAAUGCAUUACAGUCCAGGUUUAAUGAUGAGGUGGUUCACAUUAAUGUGUGCCAAUCUAUGAAGAAACCCAAGGAGAUAAGUUUAUUUUCCAUUGUUGAUGUUUAUUAUGAAGGUGAUCAAGAGGUUACAACUGAAGAUAAAUUUGAUGUGGAAACUCUAUUACAGUCUUGA